UGUACGAGGAGGUGAAACUGAAGACCUUGUUAUAUAGUUGUUAUAUCAGAGAAGUUACCUAAUUUUUGAUUUACAACUGAAGUAAGUUACAUAUUCGCGAGCAACCAGAGUUACUUAAUCAAUCAUGAAAGGGGAGAAAAGAGUGAAAUACCACCGGGAGUUGAAUGUAGUUACGUUCGUAUUGGCGCUGUUCGAAUGUCUCUGCUUCGCUGGCAUUAUAUUCGGCUGGUUCAGCAUUCGGCCAGUGUUAGAGCAAGAAGGCUUUUUUGGAGCUCAGACACACGAAAAAGCCAUUUCUAUCAGUAAAAUGAUGGAUAAAAUGGGGUCAGGAGAAAAAAAUGCGAAUGAAACAAUAAACGGACCGAACGAAGUCCCUGAUCCAAUAGCGACACAGAAUGAUACGUCUGAAAAUGCAGAUCCAAAUAAGACUUCAGAAUGUAUUCUUGGAUCUUCAUCUAAUUCAAGCUCAAAUAUGGCAGACAGUAACGCCCAGUUCAAUCUCGUGUUCACAGUGUCCUCCUCUGCUCUCAACUACUCCUCACUUCUAACUGGCUUCCUUCUGGACAAGUUUGGAACUCUGGUGUCCAAACUACUCGCCAGUCUUCUCAUCACUUCGGGUCUGUUCAUCAUGGCGUUCGCAACACCAGAGAACUCGUGGCUUCUGUUCGUCUCAUUCUCCUUCCUCAUCCCCAUCGGAGGGUACUGGCACUUUAUCUCCAAUUUCCAGAUUGGUAAUCUGUUUGGAAAGUGGCAGGGAACCAUAGUGACCAUCUUCAGCGGAAGUUUUGACUCCUCUUCAUUUGUGUUCCUCCUGUUUGCAGAGUUGUAUGGAUUCGGUAUUUCUCUUCACACCAUAUUCUUCGUAUACGGAUGUGCAAGUUUGUACCUCUUAGUGAAUGCUCUCUUCUUUCUCCCCCGAUCUUACAUCCCCUUCCCCCUGCCCCAAAACUGGACGAGGAACUACAAAUUGAAGACCGAAAUAAGCGAACAUGAGUCCAAGAAUGAAACAGAAUCGAAGCUCCUCGGAGGAGGAACGGGAAAGACCUCAAAAGAGGAGGAAGGCGGGGGCGAUGAGGAUGACAGUAUCAUGGUGGUGGCAGAUGACGAUAACAACCUGAAGGAGGUGGAGAUUGUAGACUGCAAGGAGGAGAAACAGGAGAUCAAAAUGGAAGUGGAAGAAGAUAAGGGAGAGGAUGACGUAGACGCAGUGGCAGCAGAAGACAGAGAGGGCAGCAGUUGUUCAUUCUGGCGUGACUGUGUGUUCACAUGGAAAUACUCUCUCCACGUGGUGUUCGUGUCUGUCAAUCAGCUGAAGAUCUAUAUCUUCCUCUCGGUCGUUUUAUCUUUCUUGGAAACGUUUGAAGUGGACCAACAACAGUUUGACACGAUGAGACGGACUCUUGGAGUGGUGCAGCUAACUGGCAUUUUCUGGUCGCCCAUCGUGGGACUGAUCGUAGACAGAAAUAAGAGAAGUUCUUCCUCUCCUAAAACGGACACGGGGGACUGCUUAGGAGACUUCGCUCUGCCCCUUUUGAUCACAUGUGUGCUGGGAACAGUAUGCAGUGCUAAUCUACUGGUGCCAUAUGCCUCGGCUCAAUACGCAUCAUUCUUUCUUCAAGUCAUCCUGAGAGCAUUCAAUUAUGGACUGGCUUUCUCUUUUGUUGCUUGCAAUUUUCCUCCUCAACACAUUGGCAAACUAAUCGGUCUUCUAAUGGCCAUAGCUGCCACUUUCUCCUCACUACAGUACCCAAUCAUACAAUAUGUUCACGCAACUGCCACGCCCCCAUCAGAAUCAUCAUCACAAUCGUGCUAUCCUCCCGAACCGACCCUGGAUUACACACGAGUGCAUAUUUUAUUAUUGUUAUUGGGAGUGUUACCAUUUGCACACCCAAUGAUGGUAUGGUACCAAGCGAGACAGAAACUAAGGAAAGCGUCUCCUAAAUUGCAAGAUGAUUACGUGCUAACUGAUUUGAAACGAACAAGAACUUCAACUGCCUGAAAUUUCUCAAAAGUUUUUUCAGAAUCGUGUUUUGUGAAGUAAAAUUAAAACUCUCCACGCGUGAAACUUUGAAUAUUGGAUUGAAGAUUUCUUAAAACUUGAAAGUAUAGUAGGUUAAACGUGUACGUGCUCUGGGGGUAAUGCUUGAUCUUCUAUAUUAGAUAAGGAGCAAUAUUAGAAUAGGUGGCACAUUUACAAAAGCUAAUUUUUGCAUGAUGCUCAAUUGUAUUUCAAAUUAACUUUGUUUUAAUUAAAAGGUGAAAAUUCCAUGGAUCAAAGGCGAAAUCUAUUUUUCUAUAGGUUUUAUUUAACUUUUAUCUUAUUUAAAUAGCCAUCGAUGUUCUCAAAGAGAUCCGAUGUUCUCAGAGAACCGAAGAUAACAUUAUCUUAUGUUAACAUCCAAAUGUACAACCUAAGCCAAUAAAUAAUCAUAUAUUUCUAUAAUUGAACAACCCAUCAGUUUAGAGAAAAAAGGUUCAAAGCAGAAAUGUACCUAAAAUCAUUACUACCAGGCUAACUCGAAAGGUAGCUUUCAAUUAGGAGCACAGAAUUAUCUUUCUGUUACCACUUGCCAUUUUAAGCGCUAUGAUGUAUCUUAUAUGAUAUGUCGAUGAAGGGUUGAGUGUAAACAUCCACUAAAUCAAACAUACGAACUUACAUUGGGCACAUUACAUAACCAUGCUACAUAAAACUACGCAACUAUAUCGUUAAAAAUAAAAAACAUAUAUAGUUGCUUUAGCUUCGUACUUUUCGGAUGUUUGCACUGUACUCGUUGAUGAAGUCAGCUAAUUACGAAGAUCAAUUUCAGUUUUCCUUCGGGUACCAAAAUAGUAGUUAAUUUGUACCGUCCGUAAUUUGAUUUUAUCCUGGAUUUUUCUCUUGCUUUACGUUUUGUAUAGUUUGAACUUGAAGAUAUCAAAUACUUAAAUUUUGGAUUUGAUUAGAUGUAUCAUAUUUUUACAAGAUAACCCAAAUCCAAUUUGCAAUUGAGUUAUGGCGUUCCUGGUUUCUAUCCAUUGCUUUGUCUACAAUUUCUUUUUUCUUGUUACUUCGAACUGGAUAUAAUAUAGUGUUUGUUGAUUGA